ACAUUUUAAUGAAUCAUCUGGUAAAGUUAAAUGUACAUCUGUUCUUAACUCUUUAUUGUUAGUUGCAUUUCAAAGAAAGAAAGAUAAAGGGCAAAGAUCUUAUUUUAUAGACGUAGUAAACAAGCGACGACUUCCACCAUGCAGUGUUCCCUAGGGAGAGUUUGUUUAAAAGCCCUUUUCAAAAAAGAACUAAAUUUCUUGGCAAGUUCUACAUCAACACCGAAAAUGGCACACCUGUAUUCACCAAAAUAUCUUCGGAAUUUGUGCGUACGAGAAGGAGGGACAUGCGCUGGUCCAGGUUCAAAUUCUCUUUAUGACAUACCAAAUGACAUGUUGGCUAUCAAAACACAAGAAGAUCCAGAUUUUUAUAAGAUUGUAAAGUACAAUUUUCACAAGGCAGUUUACUACCUUGCUGAUUCAUUAGAAGAAAGCAUGUGCCAAGCGACAGAAUCUCUGAACCAUGAGGAACGCUGUAAAAGAAUACAUGCAUUGCUUCAACGAAUCGCCAGUUGCGAGGCUAUUAUACAUGUCACAUUCCCUAUUAAACUCAACAAUGGGGAUUUUGUGAUGGUAGACGGCUAUAGAGUGCAUCAUCUUUCACACAAACUGCCGAUGAAAGGGGGGAUCAGGUAUUCUCUUGAUGUUGAAGAAGAUGAAAUCAAAGCUUUAGCAGCUCUUAUGUCCUUCAAGUGUUCAGUUUUAAGAAUACCUUUUGGAGGUGCAAAAGGUGGAGUCAAAAUUAAUCCCAAAAUAUUCACAGAUCGUGAGAUAGAAAAAAUCACCAGGCGAUACGCCUUGGAAUUAAUUAAAAAAAAUUACGUCGGGCCAGCAAUAGACGUUCCAGCUCCUGAUGUCAAUACAGACGCUAGAGUCAUGGCUUGGUUCAUGGAUACUUAUGUCAAGACAUUAGGCCAAGUUGACAUCGACAGUUCAAGCGUAGUCACAGGAAAACCUAUUUUAUUGGGUGGAAUAAUGGGACGGAGGACUGCUACCGGGAGAGGAGUGUGGAAUGCUGCAGCAAAAAUUAUGUCUGAUGAGGAAUUCAUGAAAACAACCAAUAGCCUGCCAGGAAUUAAAGGAAAGACGUUUAUAGUACAGGGGUUUGGAAAUGUAGGCUUCCAUAGUGCAAGGUACUUUGAGAAAGGAGGUGCCAAAUUGAUCGGAAUCAUGGAAUAUGACAUUUCAUUACACAACAAAAACGGAAUUUCUGUCAAAGACGUAGCCAACUAUCUCAAGGAACAUAAAACAUUAAAGGGCUUCCCAAAUGCGAAAGAGUACACACCAAAGGAGAAUCUUAUGUUCGAAGAAUGUGACAUAUUUAUACCAUGUGCUGUCGAAAAAGUCAUCACCAAAAGCAAUGCUGAUAAAAUCAAGGCUAAAGUUAUUGUAGAAGGUGCAAAUGGGCCAACGACACCAGCAGCAGAUGAAAUACUCCACCAGAAAAAGAUAUUGAUAAUUCCAGACAUUUAUGCCAAUGCCGGUGGUGUCUUGGUUUCCUACUUUGAAUGGCUGAAAAACAUCAAUCAUGUAUCCUGGGGUCGACUGCAGUUUGGCUAUGACAGAGAAAAUACAGAAAUGUUAUUUGAUUCAAUAGCUCAUUCAUUAAAAACUGGUCUUGGAAAAGAAAUUAUGGUUGGGCCAAGUCCUAAAUACAGGCAACGCCUUAUUGAAGCUUCAGAAAAACACAUCAUCCAAUCAAGCUUGCAGUCCUCGAUGAAUGAAGCCGGCGAUCAACUUCUAAAAUUUGCCAAACGGUACAACCUAGGUACUGAUUUGAGAACAGCAGCCUAUAUGUACGCUGUUACAAGGAUUUUUAUUACCCUUGAACAAUCUGGAUUGCAUUACUUCUAAAACAAAGAAAAUAUAAAAAAAAAUUAGUGAGAAAUACAAAUGUCAAUAUUUUGCCCAUUUAAACAAGCAUCGAGUUGAUUCAGUAGAAGGCUGAACACAUUCACUUUUGCUCCUUUAUUGAUAUAUAUUUUGUUAAGCAAUGUA